UGCGCAGCACGGCGAUCGGUGGUGCGCUGUGUCCUUUGGACACAGCGGCUCACUGAUCAGUGGAAAGAGCCAAAGAUGUUGGCUCGGUCAUGUGAUCAGCUGUGUCCAAUCACAGCUGAUCACAUAGGAGAGCUGCCCCAGCAGUGCCAACUGUCAAUGUCCAUCAGUGCCAGCUGUCAGUGCUCAUCAAUGCCACCUGCCAGUGCCCAUCAGUGCCACAUCAAUGCCACAUAUCAGUGCCCAUCUGAUCUGCCUUUCAGUGUCACCUAUCAGUGCCAGUCAGUGCCACCUAUCAAUGCCAUGCCAGUCAGUGCCACUUAACAGUGCCAGUCAGUGCCACCUAUCAGUGCCAGUCAGUUCUGUCUAUCAGUGAUGCCUAUCAGUGCCAUAUAUGAGUGCUGCCUUUCAGUGCCCAUCAGUGA